AUGUAUAAUCAAAAUGAAUUGACUGUGCAAGCUUGUAAUUUGUUUCUAAACAUUUUGCGCUUGUACAGCAUGAGAAAUCAAAUGCGCAAUAGAAGGUGGCGAGUUCGUCCUAUUAAUGUGGAUCGUGCUCUACAUGGCUAUUACCGAAAAACGUUUUUAGCCAUAAAAGAAAAAAAUAACGAAGAAUUUUUUAGUCAUACACGGAUGUCUAAAGAAUUAUAUACUUUAUUAUUGAAGUUAAUAGCUCCUUCUGCGACAAAAUGUGGGCAGCAAAUAAAUGCUGAUGAACGUUUAUCACUUACUCUUUUGUAUUUGGCACAUGGCGUCCCUUUACAGAGUUUAGCAUGGAGCUAUAAAUUGGGAAGAACUACAGUUAGAAACACCGUGUUGGAAAUGUGUGAUAUUAUUUGGCAAUUACUAUCACCAAUAUAUUUAAGUGAACCUACAGAAGAGCAAUAUCGGCAUAUUGCAUCAGAUUUUUGGCAAACAUGGAACAGUCCAAAUUGUGUUGGUGCAAUUGAUGGCAAGCAUGUUGCUAUUAAAUGUCCUCGGGGAUCAGGUUCCCAACUCCAACCGGUAGUUGCUUGUUCUCAAGUGAAGUGA